AAGGAGAGGAAAAGAAAAGUAAAAUUAACGAAAAAACAGGAAAUUAUAGUAUUCAACUGCCCAACAACACGGUUCCAAGUUGUUAUUUCUCCACAAAUUUUGCAAUGUAAAUCGCCGCUUAAACUGCCUCUAUUACUCAUUCCCUCUAUAUAUGCCAAAUAAUCAGUCAUUAUUUGUUGAAAGAACAAAAAUCCCAAUUUUCCUUUCAUCUACUAAUUCCAUUCACGAUUCAGUUCCCCUAUUUUUAUUGCAAUUAUUUCAUCGAUCUUCAGUGUUUUGAUUACAAUCUAAUGGGAUUUGGAUCGAUUUUCAAUCGGAAAAAGAAGCGGCGUCCCACGAAUUCAACCGCUUCACCACCCGAUGCUCCGUCGAGGGAAUCGUUGUUAGUUCAAACCCCGAUCCGACCUCCUUUAGGAAACUUCACCGAGGCCCAACUCCAAGAAAUCGAGGAAGUGUUCAAGAAGUUCGACGCCAACGGAGACGGCAAGAUCUCGGCGUCGGAGCUCGGUUCCAUCUUGAAAUCACUCGGGCAGCGUCCCUCCGACGAGGAACUCGAGAACAUGAUCAAGGAAUUGGACGUCGACGGCGAUGGGUUCAUCGAUUUCCACGAGUUCAUCGAGCUGAACACCAAAGGGAUCGACUACGAAGAGGUUCUGGAGAACCUGAAGGACGCAUUCUCGGUCUACGAUAUCGACGGGGACGGUUCGAUUUCGGCUGAGGAACUUCACGAGGUGCUUCAAAGCCUCGGCGACGAAUGCUCGAUCGCCGAGUGCAGGAAGAUGAUAAGCGGGGUGGACCAUGAUGGGAAUGGGAUGAUUGAUUUCGAGGAGUUUAAGGUAAUGAUGAUGGCCGGGGCCACUUUUGGUUCCAUUCAAACUAAUGAGAGAAAUGCUGUUGUCUAAAUCUAUCCAUCAUUGUUUUUCCUCUUCCACUGGUACUGCUUAAUUGGUCUGCAGCAGCAGAUUUCUUUCUUUCUUUUAAAUUUACUUAAAUGGAUAAUCUUAUGGAAAUUGUGUAUAUUUUGAACUCUUUCUAUGUAAUUUAAUGCUAUCGCGUU